CCACCCUCUCUUCUCUCCAGCGCCGCCGCGGUUGCCGCUGGCCGCGUCACCCACAGCAGGGCCGCAGCGUUGCUGCCGGCCGCAUCACCCGCCGACCGUCGUUGUCAAGCACUAGCACCGGCGGGCUGGCUCCCCAUCCCCGCCACCUCCCCUUGCCGGUCGGGUGCCUUUUUCUCCUCCUCCCGCUGGCUGCAGACGCACGAUUGUAGAACCAGGAGCGGAGGACACCGAUUCGAUGUGUGGCUCCGUAGACGUUGUGGUUGCUUGGGACGUGGCGUUGUCCAGCCCGUCAAAGCCCACGCCGGCAUCGGACAUGACGAGAUUCCAGAGGCCCAGGUCAGAUUGCCUCCCGCACCCCAAUAUCAUCACCGGCGGCAGCAAUGUUAGCGGCAGCAGGAAGCCGCCGGCCACACCGGCCUCGAGAUCGAGCAAGGACGACGCUGCACCGACCGUCGCCACUGACAGCUCCCGCCUGGCUGCGUUCCUGGCCUCGACAUCGCUCGAGCCCAAGCCGCGAGCUUACACUCCAAAGCCAAAGCCGCUGGCACAGGGGGUGCCUUCCUCGUCCCCCACCGCCGUCGCGACCCGGAGAUGAAGAAGAAAAGAGGAGGAGAGGGGGAGAAAGGAUGGAAGAAGGGGAUGACAUGUGGGGCCAUAUGUCAAUGAGUGUAGAGGGAGGAUAGUAGCAUGGGUAUUUUGGUCUAUACAGUAAUAUUGAUGUCUGCAUGUGGACCUGAGGUCGUCGGAGACGUAGAAAAUGGCAAGCAUCAGGUAGACGAAGAAUUGUAAUGGCAUAUCUCCAAAUAGGUGAAUUGUAAUGGCAAAACAGUAAACUUAUGAAAUUGUAAUGGCAUUCAUCCAAUUAGCCCU